UCCCAGUCGCUCCGCCUAUGGACGCCUCGGAGGGGCCGCCUCGCUCCUGGGAACGAGGGCCGGUGUCCUCCCCGCAGUCUGUGACCCAGUGGCUGCCCUGAGCGACGGCCGUGGCUCGGCAGGCGCGCUCGCUGCCCAGGCGGGGCCUCUCCGCUCGCCUGGAGCCAGGGCUGCCGUGGCCCCCGCUCCCGCGGCGGGCCCGGGCGGGGUCCUUCUAGGAGCGAGGGCGCGGUCCCCGCUGCGCAGAAGCUCGCGCUCCGGCCCUCCCGUCCCGGCUGCGCCCGCGUCCGGUCCGGUUAGACACCCGCCCGCUGACCACACCGCGCUGGAUCCAAAGCAAGGUUCCAAAGAACAUCUUCGUGUUUUCUACCAGCUUCCCAUCUUCAUACAAGGGAGGAAGAAGCGGGCGAAAACCAGACUUCUUCCACGGCCUGCCCAUUUCUGCGCCUUGCUGCGAGGUCGAGGCACCUCCACGGCUGUGAUGGCUCCACAAAGGACCCACUCACUGCUCCUACUCUUGCUGCUGACCCUGCUGGGGCUGGGGCUCGUACAGCCCUCUUAUGGCCAGGAUCACAUGUACCAACGGUUCCUGCGGCAACAUGUGGACCCCGAUGUGUCAACUGGCAGUGAUGGCUACUGCAACUUGAUGAUGCAAAGACGGAAGAUGACUUUGCACCAGUGCAAGCGCUUCAACACCUUCAUCCAUGAAAGCAUCUGGAACAUUCGUAGUAUCUGCAGCACCGCCAAUAUCCUGUGCAAGAAUGGCAAGAUGAACUGCCAUGAGGGUGUAAUGAAGGUCACAGACUGCAAGGAGACAGGAAAUUCCAAGGCCCCUAAUUGCAGAUAUCGGGCCAAGGCCAGCACUAGGCGUGUUGUCAUUGCCUGUGAGGGUAACCCAGAAGUGCCUGUACAUUUUGACAGGUAGAUGCCACCCUUCAGGAGUUACCACCCAGCAGCAGCUUUAACUUACUCCUUGAAGAGCAAUGAGUAAUGCGUUUGAGCUGUCCCAAGCUCUGCCUCCUCUGCCUAUUUCUUAUUCUGUUACUCUAUAUAAACCAUUCUGUUGAAUACACUGCAUCAAAGAGAAAUGAAGACAUAAGCCUAUAGUGAGUCUAGGCUAUUCUGUAAUAAAUUUUUUUGCUUCCUUUUAUAAUACUGGUUAGCUUAGUUCUCAUAGAUUCUAUCCUGUGGAAUAUAGUCAUUAUAUGUAUUCAUAUAGCAUUUCAUAGUGCUUUCACCUAAGUUAUAUCAUUUUAAUACCACAACAUCUCUGUACUGUUGCUGUUAUAUGGAGGAGCCCAAAGUUAAGGGAUUUGCUGAAGACCUGAAUUUAGUGGAAAAGCUGAGGCAAAACUCCAGUUUAACUGGCUACUAAUCCAGGGCACAUUCUGCUUCAUCAAAAGGAAUGUUUUAAAAGUACUCACUUUUUGUUAUUCCAAAAAGUCAGAUGUUAGGGGAAGCAGUAAAAUUUGGAAAUAUAUGCUGGCAAAAUAACAGUUCUGUCUGUAUAACUUGGCACCCUUGUUACAUUCCAGUCUGAUUAGAUCAAGAAAUGAUGCAAAGAACUUUCUUUUUUCUCUUUCCAAACUUUUGAAUCACUCUAACAAGUUAGAGUAUUAAAAAUGUACUAGAUCAUUAAGACUCAUUCACUCUUCCUGACUGAUUUUUUGUGUUUUCCUUGUAAUAAAGGACGUAAGCUAUAGGCA